AUGUCUCCUGCCCUCUUCCUGUGCCAGCGCUGCAACGAGCCCCUGAAACUCUUACAGCAGCAAGGAGCGCCCUUGGAAGUCCAGCACCAUGCCAAGCCCCCCACAAAGAUGCCAGUUGCUGGGGAGUCCCAGGUCAGGACCUCCAGCAGACCCUACUCUGUCUGUGGCAGGAUGCCCCAGGGAAGUGUCUGCUGCACCUUUACUCUGCUUGGUGAGUCUUCCUCCAUGAGAACUUUGAACAGUAUCCAAAAUACUACCUUAGAGACCUUCGAAAUUCUCUCUGACCAAAAGGUGGUGGACCACCCUCUGUGUGUGGACUGCACUGACAAUCUCCUGAUGCAGCUAGAUGACCAGCUCUCUCGAGUUGCAUCUGACAACCAGAACUACGGAAGUUUCCUUGAGAGAGAGUUGCUGCUGAGUGAGGAAGAGAUGGAGGCGUUACGUGUGGAGCUUCGUGCUGAACUGUCCAGUCUGGAGCAGGAGGAAGCAAGGCUGACUCAGGAGCUAGAGAAUCUAGAUGACCACCAUGCAAGGGUAGUCACCGAACUCAGAGCAGCUCAGGCUGAGAGCAAGGAGCUGUGUCAACAGAAUGAACAGCACAGGGCCGACUAUUCUGCUUUGAAGAUGGAACAGCUGGAGCUGAUGGACCAACUGAGCAGUGUGGAGAACCAGCUGGAGUAUGCCCUGAAUCACUUGUACCACUUAAGAGAAACCAACAUCUUCAACAUCACAUUUACCAUUUCAGAUGAGGGUCCCUUGGGCGUUAUCAACAAUUUCAGGAUGGGCUGCCUCCCCGGGGUACCGGUGGAAUGGACAGAGAUCAGUGCUGCCUGGGGACAGACAGUCUUACUGCUCUUCAGCUUGUCCAAGAUAGCUGGGCUGCAAUUUCAGAGGUAUCAACUGGUUCCCUUUGGGGACCACUCCUAUCUCAAGUCCUUGACUGGUGACGAGGUGCUGCCUUUGUUCUCUGAUGGGAGCCACAGCGUCUUCUUGGAUAACAAGUUUGACUGUGGGAUGAAGGCCUUCCUGGACUGUCUGCAGCAGUUUGUGGAGGAGAUUGAGAAGGAUGAGAGAUGCCCCUGCUUGCCCUAUAGAAUCCAUGUGAAGGAAGGAGUGAUGGAGGAUGCCUGGGACAGUGGGGAGUGCUAUUCCAUCAGGACCCAUCUGAACACGGAGGAGGAGUGGUCGAGGGCUCUGAAGUUCAUGCUCACUGAUCUAAAGUUGAUCCUUCCUUGGGCUUCCUUAAGGUACUGUUAG